UUCACUUGUGCAUGUAUUGGUCAUGUGCACACAUCAGAUAAUCUGAACAUACGUGUGCUUAUCGCACCCUAUUACUAAAAUGUAAAUUGAGUGAAAAAUAAUUCUUACACCAAAUGAGUUGAAGAAGUAUAUUGUGGUGAGGAUCCUUGAGAUAUGGCAAAAAUAGUGAAAACACCGGAGACAAUCGCCACUAUUAUAUGUGAAUAUUGCUCACACCUAACCUUCAAGCGUAUUCAGGAUUUCGUUAGGCACUUGCGAGAGCAACACUGUACCAUCGAAGGUGGUUCCUACGUCUGUCGUUAUGGGUACAACGACGUGUGUUCAUCAUUACCCCUGGAAGGUGUCUCCGACAAGGAUUACAUAAUGCAUGCAACAAAACAUGCUGCCCUCCAACAGCAGCGUAAAGCCAAUGGCCAGAUUAACGAUUCCCUGUCACAGUGGACUGUCUACUCAGCUGUGCAGAAUCUACCAGCUGUACUCAAUGAUCCACGUAAAGGGAAGCAGAGUAAUUUUCUGACGAAAACAUGGGGCGAUGCAUUUAUUGAAAAAGUUGAUAUUCCAAAAAGUCCGUAUCUUCCCGAUAUCACGAUCCAUCAUUUUGAUAGCUACAUGCAAAAGAUUGUUAGAAGAUAUAGGAAACAUUCGAGGAGCAGUGGAGGACGGCCUAAUUCACCCAACAAUGAUACAUCGAAUUUUUCUACAUUGAAAAAAUCAGCAAAAUCAUUAGAGCGUUCCUCUCAAUUCGACCUAGGAAGCAUCCCAAAGAUCUUCCUGACCCCCUCGUUAGACCUCUCCCAUCCCUCGACAUUCAGCACAGUCUUCCCAUUCACUACAUCAGGUCUCCUGAACCCGUCGACCAACAUAGUGACUCACGUGAAAAAUCUACAAGAGAAAUUAAGUCACUACCUCGAUAUCGUCGAGGUGAGAAUAGCCGAGCAAGUAGCCUCCAAAUCCCAAGCGUUUUUCAUAGCCAUGACAUCCCACGAUGCCUUGAUGGAACAGUUAACCCAGACAAUCACAGUCCUGAAAGCUCUUCGAAGUAACAUCCACCAGAUUGACAAGACCCUUGUCCAAGAUUCCCUCAGCAUUUUGCGACUGGAGCGAUCCCGUUGCAAUCGACUGCUCGUUCACGAGAAGCUGAAGCUAAUGGCGACAGUCCACCAGAGUCAGCCCAUGAUUCAGCUGCUCCUGUCAACCCCAGAUUACGUGGCAGCCCUAGACCUUAUCUCAACAACCCAAGAGAUCCUUCACCAGGAGCUCAAUGGCAUUCAGAGCUUCAGGCACUUGAGCUCACAGCUGACAGAAAUGGAGAGACUAGUCGAUAAAAUGCUCUCCACCGAAUUCGAGAGAUACUCAACAGCUGAUUUGAAUCGGCCUUUGACAUCUGACACAACAGUCCUCGAUGGGGAUAAACUAGUCUCGAUAAUUUCAGGUCUCCUACGACAGAAGCACUUUCAGUUUGUUGACACUUACAAGGAGGAAGCCAUAACGACAAUCAGAGCUGUGACGAAGCAGAGGGUGAUCGAGGCACUCGCUGCCAGUGAUUGCUGCAGUGAUCAGCAGGCAGCUGCCCUCGAGGUGGGGGGACUGUCCCUUCCUGAAAGGUUAGCACUCCUCCAGAGUACCAUCCAAUCACUGACAUAUUUGUUGUAUCGAGUUAAAGCUGUCUAUGAAGUCAUGAAGGACACAGUGGAUCUGUCAGUAGGCCCUGCUGAAGAUAAUCUCAUUUUGGACAGACGAUUGACAACGGAAGAAUACUCGAGGGUUAUUACCAAACUCUCGGAUAUGUUGACAUCUGUCUGCGACUACUGUCACGAGCGGUUGGGGAACCUGUUGGCAGCUGGAGGAGAUGCUGACAAGGGGCAGAUUGAUAGGGAGAGGACACCAGAGGGGAAAGGGGAGAGGGAGGGCUGGAGUGAGAAGGGUUCCUGGCUGAGUGAUAAGGCCACUGCGUCCCAGGUCUGUCAGCUCGCUGGUAUGGUUGAGAGAUUCACUGAAACUUGUGAAGGAAUAUGUGGGAAGCAGUGCACGGCGUUGAGGUCUGCCUUCAAGGCACAAGCCAGCAAAUUUGUUCAACGAUUUCACAAUGAGAGAAAGAACAAAUUGGGACUUCUACUGGAGUCGGAACGAUGGAAGCAGGCGGAAGUGCCGAAGGAAUUCCAGAGACUUGUCACGUUUGUCUUCGAAAAUCGACGAUUUCCAAUGGCCGAGGAAGUGUAUACGGGAGAGGGUGAAGUUGGAAGCUGUAUUUUUGUGGGGGAAGAGCAGUUUGCGGUUGUGGGGACGGUGUUGAUGCUGAUCCAGAUGAUUCACGAGUACUGUAGGACUGCUGAGGAGCUGAAGGCACUUUCCGGGGCUGUCGGCAGACAACUGGCAGAGCUUUUGAGACACUAUAACUCGAGGUGCUGUCAGCUUGUUCUCGGGGCUGGGGCUAUGCAUGUCGCUGGGUUAAAGACUAUUACCAGUACGAUUCUCGUACUUGCAGCCAGGAGUCUGAAGCUUGUGUUGUGGCUCAUGCCGUUUGUUAAAGCACAUUUUCAAGAAUUAGCGAAUCAUAGUGCGAAUCGAAGUGCCAUGGGCUCAUCAGGAGGCACCGGAGGAGUGGCGCUACUCGAUUCUCUUGAAAGAGAUGUGCGUUCUCACAUUCGGGAGAUUGAGGGAAAAAUUCUCACGAUUGUGGAUAAUCUCGUGGGGGGACAAAUCUCUAGCUGGGAUGCAAGACCUCCAGUACCUUCACAGUCAUUUAGGAAUAUCUCGAGACAUUUGAUAAAACUACACGAAGCGGUCUCAGGAAUUCUGCCGCCGGUUGAAGUCCAAGUGCUGUAUCGAACAGUGAAUGUAUCAUUCAAAGAAAAACUCAGGGAACAAUUGGUAAAAAUGAACAUUGUGAACAAUGGGGGACCACAACAUGGUGUAGUGACAUCGGAGUUAACUUUUUACCUUCAAGCACUGAGGAAUCUGAAGGUACUACCAGCGGACGAGCUGAAUGACGAGUGGAUGUCUGACAUUUGGUCUAGAUAACAUGCAGAGCGUGUGGUUUACUGUCUCCUAGAGGCUAUGAGGCAUCACAGGAAGAGAUGACUAAUGCCAUUUGUUCAUCAUCGACUGGUAAUCGAUGUAAUAUUGAUUGAUUCAUUGUUUUUUUUCACGAUCAGGACGAUUGGGAUUCUUUGGAUUUUCAAACACCUGAAAACACUGCCACACUCCAUUGGCCAAAUUUAUAUUAAUCCAAAUAUACAACUGCAAUCACAAGUUAUUACGUUUGCAAUUGAUUGAUAAAGUUUGAAUAGAACAAGAGUUCAGAUACACUUGAGAUCAAAUAGAAAAUAAAUUGGUUCGAAUAUUCAAUCUUUAAUAAUCAUCAUAAUACGGCAAUUACUUUGCAUUUUCAUUCAAUGUAUCAUUGACUGCCAAGUGCUCGAGAAACUACAAUAAGAGAAAAAAUCGUGGUGAACAAUUAAAACUUAUUUGUGAAAUAUUUUUGAAUUCCAUAUUUUUACCAUUGAAUUCCUUCAAAUUAUUUACCAAAAACGGUGCCAUGAAUUUGGAAAUACCUAAUGUCUGAUCUCUUUACUCUAUUCAAUACAACAAUGGGGGAUAAAAUUGAACGAGUGAAUUUGGAAACCUCCAAGGAAGGAAGAAUGUGAAAUAAAAAGUGAACAAAUUAAUCCGCUUACGAAAUAAGGAGUAGAUAGUUAUCAAAAUGAAUCAAUUAAUUUCGAGAAAUUGCAUUCCAGUGUUCUAGUCCGACAUUUGUACAUAAUGUUUAUGCAAUGGGGGAGCAGCUAGAGUGUACUAAACACAUGUUCUUUCUUAUUUGAGCUUCGGGAGUUACUGAGGUGUGCAAAGUUAUGCAAUAUAACUUUUUGGGCAACUGAGAGUGCGAAAUUAUGGAGUGAAUAUGAAAUGUUGUUUAUUUAUUUCGAGAAGAACAUGUAGAUACUAAUGAAUAUCGCAAUUAUACUGUAAUCAUAUCUGAACAAA